AGCCACGCCCGGGGGCGGGGCGCAUCCGCCGCUUCCGUCGGGCCAUGGGACCACGCAUGCUGCUGCUGUCGGCGCUGCUGCUCGGGGCUGCGUCCCGGCCGAGCCUCGCGCAGGACACGCUCUCACCGCCGUCCGCCCUCACGAACGGGAGCCGGCCGGGCGCGCCGCACAACAGCACGCGCCUGUGGCCGCCGGGCUCCCCGCUGCAGCGUUCCUUCUACGUGCUCUUGGGCUUCAGCGGCCUGGCCGUGCUCUACUUCCUCAUCCGGGCGUUUAGGUUGAAGAAACCACAGAAGAGGUAUGGCCUCCUGGCCAACACAGAGGAUCCCAUGGAAAUGGACAGCGGUGAGGAGGAGACGGUGUUUGAGACUCGCAAUCUGAGAUGAUGCUGAGAUCUGGGAGGAGGUAUUUGCAGCUGCCCUGGCAGAAGGACAGAAGCCAGUGCCAGUUCUCCCAGCUUUGGUGCCAGCCCUGAGAGCUCCUGUGGGACCUGCUCAACCUGCCUGAAGCCAUCUCAGCCCUCACCUGGACAUGACUGCCCCGGAUGCUGGGUGGAAGCCGAAGGGCCCUGAUAGCUCCCACUGAAGACUCUGAGCCCCCCUGACAGAACUAUGGCUUACCUUUCCUUAGAGGACACAGCAGCCUUGGGCUGAGGCCUGGUGGGUGGGCAGGCUGAGGGCCCUGUCUGAGUGGAUAUUCCUUCGUGCCUGGAGAUAAUAAAGGCAGUUCCACGUAGUCCCGAUCCUGGCUCACACUUGGUGGGGCAGACAGCAAAGUGGGGCUCAUUUAGGGCCUCCCUUCUCCAAUCUCACCGAGCUUGGCUGCUUUGGUCUCACCUCAGCUGUCCAGGUUAGAUGAGGAAUCUCGGAUGAUGGAUAGAUGGGGGACCCGCAUGGAGCAAGGCCUGUGGGUCAUUGUCUGAAUCUAGAGAGAACUUCACCCACUAGUCCCUAAUCAAGUGCUCCUUCCUUUCUGCCACCUGCAACCAGGAGCCCUCAAGGGUCAUGCCCUUUCGGAUCCCUGGCUCAUACCACCAGCACAUUUGGGGGUAUUUCCAAAGGAGCCCCAAGGUUGUAUUUUAUAGGUACUGGAGUGUCUUUCAGCUCGGGGACCUACUGUGCCCCACCCCCAGCAUCCUCUUGUGGAAUCAUUGAUGACUUCAACCAUAUACUGGGUACCUGAGCCCUCAUUCCAGGACCCCAAGCCCCACCCAGAGCACCUGAACCCAUAUCCUGAGCACUUGAGCCCCCAUUCUUGGCAUCUGAGUCUCAUUCCAGGCCUCAGUCUCCAUUUAUGAUGAGAGGCUUGGGGGAGUUAUUAUGUGGGCCUUCUUUUCCCUUUGAGGCCCUAUGUUGGGGCACAUUACAGCUGUGGCCAUUUACUCCCCAAGUCUGAUCGUGGGAACGGGUCGAGUCUGGUCAGCUUGUGGUCUUCCUAGUCACGGGCCAGAGCCAACAAAAUGUCAUAA